UGAGUCAGAUCAGGCUACUGUGUGCAUAUGUGAAAGUCGCUGCGCACUGAUGACAUGUCUUCAAAGAAUACUGAAUCCAAGAAGCCAGAGAUCUGUCAGGUUCUGAUGUAUGCGGAAUUUAUGGUGACUGGAAGCAUGAAGGUCCGGUGUUCUUUGAUAUUGACUGAGACAGAGCUCACCGUUCAAAAGAUCAGCCCAGCACUCGGUGGACGAGGAAAAGUCGUGUAUUACCUGAGUGACUGCGUCGGGUGCCGGGCAUACAGGUCUCAUGACAGCACGGAUGUGGGAGCGUAUUUUUCUGCUUAUUUCUACCCACUGAGGACUCGAUGGAUGAGGUCUGGGGUGGCUCGGCAGCGGGUGGAGCAGUGCUUUCGGGUAGCGCCCGAUCAGAACCCGAGUGUGAACCUGCAGGAGGCGCAGAGAUGGUCAAGAGCCAUCAGGGACAGAGUUCUACACCAAAGACAACAAACAACAGGAGCAAUUCAAGUGGAGGUGAAGAGGCCUUUAAUGUUCCUGAUUUUGUUAAAUCCUCACAGCGGUAAAGGGCAUGCACAUGCUCUUUUCAAUGGGAAUGUGCAAGGCAUGCUACAGGAUGCUGGGAUACAACACACACUCAUCAUUACAGAACGCCAGAACCACGCACGUGAGCUGAUGCGGGAGGCAGACUUGUCUCAGUGGGAUGCUUUGGUCAUCAUGUCUGGUGAUGGCCUACUAUUUGAGGUGGUAAAUGGGCUGAUGGAGCGUGAGGAUUGGGAAGAAGCUAUUCAGACUCCUCUGGGAGUGCUUCCAGGGGGCUCUGGAAAUGCACUGGCAGCUUCUAUACACCACUAUUCUGGUUUACAAGCUGUGUCCAGUGAGGAGCUGUUGAUCAGUUGUGGCUUCAUCUUAUGUAAAGGCCUGGUGUCACAACUGGACCUCACAUCUGUCUGCUUGGCGUCCAGUCAACGCUUGUUCUCCUUCCUGUCUCUGGCCUGGGGCUUUGUGGCUGAUGUAGACAUUGAAAGUGAGAAGUAUCGCCAUGUGGGAGCUGCCCGAUUUACAGUGGGAACCAUGGUUCGUCUGGCUUCGCUAAGAGUGUAUAGGGGGAAACUAGCUUACUUACCCAUAGAGAACCCCAUGUCUCAACCUAGUCUGGUGGAUUCAACUGCAACAUUUAGACACAGAUUGCCCCAGUCUAACUCUGAUUCCUGCUGUCCUUUAAAUGACUUGCUUGGUCACACUCUCCAAAAUUCCAGCAACUCCAACAAUACUCCCAAGUCAAAGCAAUCCAACCCAUCACCUUUGUCUGUAUUUGGUCCUACGGACUUCCUACUCAACCCCCUCAACCAGCCGGUACCAGGACACUGGACAGUGGUUCAAGAUGAGGAUUUUGUUCUAGUUGUGGCCAUGUACCAGUCCCACCUUGCAAAAGACAUGUUGGCUGCACCUGCUUCCAGACUCGAUGAUGGCAUAAUCCACCUGAUUUAUGUGAAGGCAGGUAUCUCUCGCAGAUCUCUCCUGCACCUAUUCCUAGCAAUGGAAAAUGGAGGUCAUCUUAACACAAACUGCCCUCAUGUGGUUUAUGUUAAAGUGAAGGCUCUACGUCUUGAACCAUACUCACCCAAAGGGAUCAUUACUGUGGAUGGAGAGCUGGUAGAUUAUGGACCGGUACAGGCACAAAUUCAUGGCAGCCUGGCAAGACUCAUAGCUGGGUGACAAAACCAAUAUGGUGCUGGCAUUUUUUUUUUUUUCACAUGUAAUGAAUGUAGAAGGGGACUAGGGCUAUCAAGCCAUGAAAUAAAUAAAAGUAACAAAUCUG